AUGAGAACUAACAACCAGAGCUUCCUGCGGGGAGCCCCUGCAGACUUCAUCCUUCUAGGUGUUUCUGACAGGCCAUGGCUGGAACUCCCUCUCUUUGCAGUACUCCUGGUGUCCUAUGUCCUUGCCACACUGGGGAACAUCGCCAUCAUCCUGCUGUCCCGACUGGACCCCCAGCUGCACGGCCCCAUGUACAUCUUCCUCAGUCACCUCUCCUUCCUGGAACUCUGCUACACCACCACCACUGUCCCUCAGAUGCUGGUCAACAUGAGCAGCUCCAGGAAGACCAUCAGCUAUGGUGGCUGCACAGUGCAAUAUGCAAUUUUUCACUGGUUGGGUUGCACCGAGUGCAUCAUCCUGGCCGCCAUGGCCCUGGACCGCUACGUGGCCAUCUGCGAGCCACUGCGCUAUGUCCUCAUCAUGCACCGCCCUCUCUGCCAGCAGCUCGUGGCUGUGGCCUGGCUCAGUGGCUUUGGCAACUCCCUAGUUCAGGUAGUCUUGACCGUGCAAUUGCCUUUCUGUGGGCGGCAGGUGCUAAACAACUUCUUCUGUGAGGUGCCAGCUAUGAUCAAACUCUCAUGUGCUGACACAGCUGUGAAUGAUGCCACACUGGCUGUGCUGGUGGCCUUCUUCAUUCUGGUCCCCCUAGCUCUCAUCCUUCUCUCCUAUGGCUUCAUUGUCCGUGCAGUACUCAGGAUCCAGUCCUCCAAGGGACGGCACAAGGCCUUCGGGACCUGCUCUUCCCACCUGGUGGUGGUCUCCCUCUUCUACCUCCCUGCCAUCUACAUGUACCUGCAGCCCCCUUCCAGCUACUCCCAAGAGCAGGGCAAGUUUAUCUCCCUCUUCUAUUCCAUAAUCACCCCCACCCUCAAUCCCUUCAUCUACACCCUGAGGAAUAAGGAAGUGAAGGGAGCGCUGAGAAGACUUCUGGCAAGGGUCUGGAGGCUCCGUGGGGGAUGA